GUUGCCCAGUGACACUGCCGGUUAUUACCCAAAUCUCGAGCCUGAUGUAACAGAGACACAAAACCAAGUGAGCACUGAGCAUAAUAGUAAACACAACACACAGAAAAAAGAAAAUCGCAAGAAGAUGUCGCAAUCUACAAUCAGACCCGAUCGUUUGAGCAUGGAAGGCAUGAUCUGGAAUGCCAACCAUGUUUUGGAAAUGGCGUUGGAUCCCAAGCAACAGGGAAUUCCCAAGGGUUUGUUUGAAAAAUCGAUUGGUCUUUGCAUUAUUUCCGUGGUAGAAGCAGGAUUCAUCUUUAGCGGAAAUGUCGGAACUGGAAUCUUACUCAAGAAAAAGGCGGACGGAAGCUGGAGUAAUCCCUGUGCCAUGGGACUUGGAGGAGUUGGUUGGGGUCUCCUUGUGGGCGCUGCUGUCAAGGAUAUCAUCAUCUUUAUCUUUGACGAAAACAGUAUGAACGGAAUGAUGGGUGAGGUGGGUCUCCGCAUUGGGGGUCAGGUCAAUCUCACACCCGGCCCCUUUGGCAGAAACUACGAAGCUGGAGUCGGUGUGACUACCAAAGGUGCCGUGGGAACCUGUAGUGUGGCAUUUUCACAGGGUCUCUUUGGCAGUAUCUCCAUUGAAGGUGCCAUGGUGGGUGUGCGUGGAGGCGCCAAUGAUCAAUUCUACAAUAAGGUCACCAAUCCACACACGAUCCUCAAUACGGAGGAACUCACUCUUCCGGAAAACCGACCAACAUUAAUGGAGAGCGUCUACAAACACAUUGCAAAGUUGGAGGAGGGAAAUACGCAUACUCCCACGGAAGAGGAAACACUCCAGGCACAAAUUGCCGCCAAAGUGGCUCAAGAGGCAUCAGAGGAAAUGGCCCAAGCCGAUCCAAGUGGUGUACUAAAAGUAGAUGCCGCCGAGGAAGCAGAAAAGGAAAAGGCCGCCAGCAGUUAAGCGUGUCAACAUCAUGACAAAUCAACAACAACCCACAGUGCCCCACGCCUUCGAAUCUGGGCUUUUGCCUUCGAACCUGCAUGCAAAUUGUCCAAUACAU